GCCCGGGACUGGUCAUGACAAAGCAGGAGUUCAAGGAGAGCCUGGAGGCGUCCCUCUCCUGGAUGCGGGUCGUCCAGGAGAGGCUGAAGGCCAACGACAACACACAGGGGCCCCGUGACGCUCUGGAGGGCCGACUCAGGGAGACAGAGAAAAUCCACCACUCGGUGCAUGAGGGCCGUCUGAAGAUGGACAAGGCGCUGGUGGCAGCUGAGAACCUAUUGAAGAGCGAAGAUGAAGAGCUGAGGAACCACACCCACGCUAAGCUCAAAGACCUGAAAAGCCUGUGGGAGGAGACCUCCACCUACAUCAUCCACUGUCACAG